GCUUGAUUGCAGAACUACUUCCUAAAUUUCACUCCGUUCCGAUUCAGAACUGUUCGAACCGCCGACGGUGCAACUGCUCACACACUACAGGUAUUAACGAACUUCGCCAUCUCCGUCACCGACGAUGGAUUCUCCGGCGAGCACAUUUAAUCCGAACAAGCGUCUCAAGGAAGAGUUUGUGAGCAAUUUAACAGGAACUUCAAUGAUGGAGUUAUUCCUUCUCAUUGCCACUCUCUCGAUGAUCCUCUUUCUACGUUCAGUAUAUUCCAGUUCCAAAAAAGAGGCCCUGUCAAAGAAAGAUGAUAAUGUUAAUGCAGUUGUUUGUAAGAAGAGCCUGGGAUCAUAUCUUGCUGCAGCGACUCUUGAUGUCUUCUGCAUUGUAUUUCCAGUCAUUUUAUGUUUGACUAUUCUGGCAGAUUGGACAUAUACUAAUGCAGUUGGGAUGACCUUAUUGGUGACAUUCUUUAUUUUAGCUAGAAGAUCUGGAUUUUCUGUUUCUCAGGAAGAAGGGGUCCGAUCUCUUAGGACAAAUAUAUCUGCAUACAGGGUUGCUAUGAAUUUUCUGACAUGCAUAUGUAUUCUGGCUGUUGACUUCAAGAUAUUUCCUAGAAGAUAUGCUAAAACAGAGACGUACGGUACUGGCUUGAUGGACAUUGGAGUAGGUUCGUUUAUUGUGGCAAAUGCAUUGGUCUCACGACAAGCACGUGGAAUUGCAAAAACGAAUUUGAGAACUGCAAUUUCUUCAACUUGUCCACUCAUAGUCCUGGGGUUUGCUCGAAUCUUUUUCACUUCAAGUGUUGAUUAUCAGGUUCACGUUGGUGAAUAUGGUGUGCACUGGAAUUUCUUUUUCACUCUUGCUGGUGUAGCAAUUUUGACAUCGAUAAUUAAUAUUCCACCGAGUUAUUGUGGAAUUCUGGGGUGGUUUAUUCUAGUAGUAUAUGAGGUCAUCCUGUUGCUUGGGCUAAAUGAAUAUCUCCUUUCAAAUGAACGAGGACAUGACAUCAUCAGUCAAAACAAAGAAGGGAUUUUUAGCAUUUUUGGUUAUUGGGGGUUGUACCUUGUUUGUGUCCAACUAGGCAACUAUCUUUUCUUUGGAAAACCUGGAGAUGCUGUGUUGAGGACAAACGAUUGGGCAAGGAUUAGAGUCUGGAUUAUCUGUCUUCUAUUAUGGUUGUUGACCAUUUUGCUAGAUAGGCAUGUUGAGAGGGUUUCUCGCAGAAUGUGCAACCUGGCUUAUGUUACUGUAGUAUUGGCUAUGAACCUUCAGAAUGUGGAAUUGUCUAUUCCCUGUGGCUCCUUUUGUUUGCUGGACUGUGGUAGCUACUCAUUCCAUCUAUCCAUGAUUCUUCUUACCAACAGUUCUACACUUGUAAAUGGAGUUUGCGCGUGCAGACAUACAUGUUAGUCUUAUCGGAUGGAUGUACUUUUGUGUCUUUAAGUACAUGGGUUUUCUGAUGUCAGCUCUCAUCAGUUAUUUCAAGACUGAGUGCAAAGGCAGAAAAACUUAGAUCAAGUGUAUUAAGAAUGAUUUUGGACAAGAUUUGAAGUGCCAUGGUGAGGUUAAGUGAUGGCUAACCAUGCUAUUCAAUGUUAUAUUAAGGAGUGAAAGAUAAUAAAUGAGUGGAAAAGGGUACCUUGGCCAAUAUACAAGAACAAAGGAGAUAAAGAUGUUCAAACUAUUAUUGUAUGAAACUUAUAUAAAAUAUAUAUGUAUUUUAAGCUAAACUUAUAUAAUAUAACAUUCAAAGAGUGAUGAGGAUAGAGUAGGGACAUUAAGUAAGGCUAAGUGGGUUCAUGACUGGUAGUCUUGUAACAGCGGAGUGUUUUUGUUGAGAUUUGUAGAAAUUCUUACAGAGAGAAGGAAAUCUACAUGAUAUUCAGUGAACUAAAGAAAGCAUAUAGUAGUGCCAGUAAAGUAGUUCGAAAAUAAAGAAUCCAUAUCAAAUAUAAA